UGUCCAUCUCUUCAAAUGGAUCAUCACCAUUGUGUGACACUACUCUCUCUCCUUUCUAGACUCGCUUCAAAGCUGAAACGCCUCUUACCCCUGAAAUGACAGGAUAAGCGGACAACGCCGAGAAUCAUCAGUGCUUGACUUGCAUGAUGGUCAAGAGUGUGGUCAUGAUCAUCGUUGACGGCAGAACCGCAAACUAGGCGAGACUCGGGAUCCGUAGAAGAUUGCAGCUAGGAGGGCAGCAGGUAGUGUGGCCACGCCGUUGUCAUGGCGUUCGCUCACUUUUGUGCCUGACGACCAUGAUCACAUCCUGAGAGCCUGACGACGAAUUCCAUCGAGAGUCAAAACAUCCAUUCAUCUCGUCAUGACCUCCUGACAUCUCUCACGUGCUCGAUAUCACUCGAUUGCAACCCUAACCAUAGUGAAGCCUGGAUAGAAUGAAACGAGAGCGAGACAACGUCGAGACGGACUCGUCCUCGACUGUAUCGACGAUCGAUCCAAAGCUGCUCAAAGCGGAGGCUAAUGAUCAGUACGACGGAUUCUCGUCUCCUGAGAAGAAGCGAAAGCUCAAAGGGCACGAGGGGACUGGAUCUACUAAUACGAAGAGUACCAAGAUGGCCUGGACGACCGAAGAAGAAGACAUCCUCCAAGGCAUCCUGGAUGGAGUGCUCAAAUCUCAUCUCUGGGACGAAGUGAAGAAGGAUGGCAGACUGGUCCAUCGUACGAGUUAUGGCGUGCAGUACCACGCGAAGAUGAUGCUUCGUCUGGGUGGGAAGAAGAAGUGACCUGGCUGGCGGAGACUGGGCUUGAGGGAUAAAACGAAGUCAUUCAUGCUCGAUGACUCGAGGAAUUCAUUCAGGUUGAUCGCCAUGCACAUGGAAUCCCACGCCAAGCUCUGAUUAAUCAUUGUCGAUUCAGAGAAUCUCAUGCUCGCUUCCCGCAAAGCAGUAUCGUAGGCUCUUCCCCUUGGCGGAAACAUGAGAGCAGGACGAACUACAAGAGAGGUCUUCUGGUGUCUGGUGCUGAAAGGGGGAAGCAAUGAAAGGACGCUCACACGUUCUCGAGCGUGUCGACUUUUGUGAGAGGAAC